CACUACAUUUAAUACAUCAAACGCAGAGCGAACAACAACAACAGCAGCAGCGCAGUCGAGUGCAAACGGAGAAAAGAAUUCACCAUUGAAGCCGCAAAAAAGGAAAAUAAGUGAGAAACGACUGGGAGCAUGGAUAUAAUCAAUAAGUUUAGCAGUGCAUUCUGGAGUACGGACGUUUGGCUGCCGCCAAAUGUAACAUGGGCCGAUAUAGCGCCCGGCUCGCGGCCCGAUGUGGUGCAUGCCAAUUAUAAGGAUCUUAUCUGGCCCAUUCCAUUGGCGGCGGUUGUCAUGCUGGUGCGCUAUACACUGGAACGCUUUUGGAUAUCUCCGGUGGGCAAGUCCCUGGGCAUACGAAGUUCUAGACCUAAGAAAGCAGCAAAUGUUCCUAUACUAGAGAAUGCCUACGCAAAAUCCACACGAUUGGAUAACAAAUGGCUGGGUCCAUUGUCCAAGCAGACGGACAUGAGCGAGCGACAGAUCGAGCGAUGGUGGAGACUGCGUCGCGCGCAGGAUAAGCCAUCGACAUUGGUCAAGUUCUGUGAGAAUACCUGGCGGUGCAUCUACUAUUUGUACUCGUUCAUAUUCGGGGUGAUUGUGCUGUGGGACAAGCCCUGGUUCUGGAAUGUGAAGAGCUGUUGGUACGGCUAUCCCCAUCAGUCGAUAAGCAAUGACAUCUGGUGGUACUAUAUGAUAUCAAUGUCCUUCUACUGGUCGCUCACUGGCACACAGUUCUUUGAUGUGAAGCGCAAGGACUUUUGGCAGAUGUUUAUCCAUCAUAUGGUCACGCUGCUGCUGAUGUCCCUGUCCUGGGUGUGCAAUCUGCAUCGCGUUGGUUCCCUGGUGCUGGUCGUGCACGACUGUGCCGACAUCUUUCUGGAGGCGGCAAAACUAACCAAAUAUGCCAACUAUCAGAAGCUAUGCGAUGCCAUCUUUGCCAUUUUCACAGUGGUAUGGAUUGUGACGCGUCUGGGCUUCUUUCCGCGUAUUAUCUACAGCUCUUCUGUGGAGGCACCACAAAUCCUGCCCAUGUUCCCAGCCUACUAUAUCUUCAAUUCGUUGCUGUUGAUGCUGCUGGUCCUGCACGUCAUCUGGACAUAUAUGAUUCUCAAGAUAGUUGUCGACUCUCUGCAGAAGGGUCUGAUGUCCGGUGAUAUACGUUCCAGUGAUAGUGAAGAUCUCACGGAUAGUUCGGAGAAUGUGCGCUUGGCCAAUGGGGGGUCAUCGUCGUCUCGUUCCAAGAGCAAGUCGUCAACGAUCAGUGGUGGAGUCAGCCAGCGGAAGUCGCAUAGUGCCAGCAAUCACACGGCGGACACGGAAGAGAAAACGAUCAAGUAAAUAUAGCGUGGAGAGGAGAGGCAAGAGCUCCAGAACCCCAAGGAACAACCAUCCCCAGCCCCAUCCCC